CGUUCAUCUACACCCGACCCGACAGACUACCCUACCCCGUUCUUGCGCGGUCGCCAGGCAAGUUGAUCUGAGGGGUAACAGAGACAGAGAGAGCCAGGGAGAGAGCAAACGAGUGUGCAUGCGUUGAGUGCCUAUGGAUGUGUGGAUGGAUGUGUAUCUCGACGCGACGGCCGUACCGAGCUCGGAACCCAGCGUGCGCGCUGCUGGUAGAAGUCCAACAACGCCUGUCAUCCACACACACACACACACACACAUGGUUAUAAUUGCAACGUUUCUUUCUGAUGUGGGUUGCUGUGCUUACACGUCCUUUGGGGCCGGUGUCCUGGCGCAUGAAGGUGUUGGUGACGUGGAACUCACGCAACUCGCCGUCAGGCAGACGCCUACACACGUGUCCAGUCCACACACACCCCAACAAUAAUACAGUUUGAGAGCGUGCGUGCGUGCGUGUGUGUGUGUGUGGUUACAUUUUGAUUCUGUGUCGCGUCCCCCACGGCCACAACUCCCAGUCGGUCUCGGGGGAUGUCCCCUCCACCCUGACACACACACAGCACAGCACAGCACAGCAAGGUCAGACAGACAGACAGACCCACAAUCUCCGUCCCUCAAUCCCUGUGCUUACGAAACGAUUUCGCUCCCAGGUGGAAUGAUGUCGUCAUCAGGGGUGCGGUCCUGCACGCCAGCACUAACACUACCACGACCCCCCUCAGCACGCGACGGUUCCUCUCCCCCUCUCUCCCCCUCGCCCCCCGCCCCCUCCUCCACCUCCUGCUGCUGCUGCUGCUGUGCCGUUUCGUUGCCACCUUCAACCGCCCCCCGAAUGAUCUCGGCAUCGUCGCUGCUGUCGCCCACAUUCUCGUCGUGGCCCCCACCCUGCUGCUGCUGCUGGUCCACCUGCUGCUGUUGUUGGUCGUCCGGUGCCUGCUGCUGCUGCUGGUCCUCUUCGAUCUGCUGCUCUUCCAUGGCGGCAUUCUCGUCCUCCUUCUUUUCUUCGCCGUCGCCCUCCUCCUCUUCCUUGUCCGCCGCGCCACUGGCAUCCGCCGAACCGGCAGCGUUGGCAGGCUGGGCGUCGCUGGCAGGGGCUGCGGCUGACGCUGCGGCUUGGUGGGGUGGUGCGGCCGCCUCGCCGAGGUACUCACGCAUCUCCAGAAGCGUCCCGUCGGUGAGGCGGGGCUGAAGGGACACACAAGGGCAGGGGGGUGACUUGGGUGUUGUGUCAGUUGGUAUCUGCUAGUGUUGGUGUUGGGUGGCUGGUUGGCUUACCGCGGUAAACUCCCUGCCGGUAUCGAUGACUUUCUGCUUCAGAUAUUGGCGGACGAGGCCCAGGUCGUCCGUCAAAUGCGACACGUUAGGCUGGAUGCACACACACAUACACCCACACGCACACCAAGCCACGAAGACGUUGACGAAUUGAUGGCUGGUUUCCUCUUCCACUCCUCACUCACUCAUUUUCUCACUCAUUUCCUCACUCACCUCAGGCUCCCACGUUGGCGGAUACUGAGGUACACGCAGGCACACACAAACAGGCGUAUCAAUAGGUACGCGGCACGUUGGCGGUACAGAGAGUGCAGGACACCCACCGGCUUGCCCUUGGAGUCCUUGCCAUCCCACUGCACACGAAACUCAUACACACCCUGCACACACACAAACCAACCAACCAACCAACGCCAGCCAGCACCACAGAAGGAUAUUGACCAACCCAGGUAGCCAGUGUUCACGUGCAUUGAUUGCAUUCACUCAUCCAUCCAUCCAUCCAUCCCCUGCCCCGCCCUGCCCCGCCCGCCACGGCUGACCCGUCGCACCCACCUCGUCGCUAUCAUAUCUGCACUUCAGCAGCCGCUCGACGGCGUACUCGCCGCUCUCCGCAUCCGACUCCUCAUCGUCGUCGUCAACGUCUUCCUCCUCGUCCUUGACAUACUUGACAUACUUCUUCGGACGGCUCACACGCCCGCCCUCGGCAGGCUCUCCAUUGCUGGCACCGCGCUUCCUCAUCCCACGGGUAACUGGUCAAUGGUGAAUGGCACCCUUGCCGCCUACCUGCCUACGCA